AAUGAAAGAGGGGAGGAGAAAGUAAUCUCUGGUUUUCCAUAACAAUAAAAAGAUAUGAUUUCGGCAGCAAAAGCAAGAAAAGAGAAGUAAAUGAGGUAAUAAAUUGAUGGGAGCGCUGAUUGGUGAUCAGUGAAGGUUGUUUACCGACAACAACAAACUACUUGUUUCAACUCCAACAGUAUAGUACAAAAAACUGAAUCUGCUGAAGAGAUUACCCGGAUUUCCUGCAAAAGUUCCUGGAAAGAGAAGGCAAGCCCCUCAAGAAAAUAAUUGCCAUCAUAGGAAAAUGCGUUCCUUAAUCUUCGGUUUGAUUGCCUUCUCUUUCAUCCCAAUUUCGGUUUCUAUUCCUUUCAUCGUUCUCCAUGGGAUUGGAGAUCAGUGUUCCAACAGAGGAGUGAAGCACUUUACACAGGAACUCAGCGACUGGUCCAAGUCCGAAGGAUAUUGCAUAGAAAUUGGAGAUGGAUCAUGGGACUCCUGGUUUAAGCCCCUACAAGAACAGACAGAAAUUGUAUGUAAUAAGGUGAAGCAAAUGAAGGAACUUCAGGAUGGUUACAACAUUGUUGGUCUCUCCCAGGGUAACUUAAUAGGACGAGGUGUUGUGGAGUUCUGUGAUGGUGGACCACCGGUCAGAAACUUUAUCUCUCUCGGAGGACCUCAUGCUGGUACUGCUUCAGUGCCUCUAUGUGGUACUGGAAUAUUUUGCAUUAUAGCGGACAAUCUAAUCAAAUCAGAGAUCUACUCUGACUAUGUCCAAGCUCACUUGGCUCCAAGUGGCUAUCUUAAGUUGCCAAACAAUAUAGCUGGCUACUUAAACAAAUGCAGGUUUCUCCCCAAACUCAACAAUGAACUCCCCGGUGAGAGAAACGCCACUUACAAAGAACGGUUCACUAGCUUACAAAAUCUCGUCCUUAUAAUGUUUGAACAUGAUACUGUUCUAAUACCCAAGGAGACCUCUUUGUUUGGAUACUAUCCAGAUGGGGCCUUCACUCCAGUUGUGCCACCACAACGGACUAAGCUUUAUACCGAGGAUUGGAUAGGGUUGAAAACGUUAGAUGAUGCUGGAAGGGUAAAAUACAUUACAGUACCUGGAAAUCACCUUGGAAUCUCCAAAGACGAUAUGAAGAAGUAUGUUGUUCCUUAUUUGGAAGAUGACACGUCGAAAGAAGGUAACAUUCAUCCCCGCAGUGCGGACAGCAAGUGGAAGGAGCUAAAGUUUGGUCAGCCGAAUGCUGAGGGAUCAGUUGAAGUAAAAUUUGACGGAUCAUCAUCUUAUCAGUGGCCAUCAUCAGUCAAGAGCUUCUUUUCAGAAUUACUCGGUCUUAGAAAAAAUCAUUAGUCGUCUCCGCUUCAGUCCUAUGAAGCUCUCCAAUUCUACCAAUGGGAAUAAGCAGCAUACCACCACACAACACAGUAGGAAAAUUCUGCUUGUUUAUUUGCCCUAUCUUCAAACCACCAAUGGAGGUAAGGAAUUCACUGUAAUACAAUCCACCCGGAGGGUGGAAAAUUAGGUACUUACUAUUCUACAUUUAUACAUCUCUGGAUGUUAACACCUACUUUACGCAUAUACAAAAUGUUCGUGUGCAA